AUGUUUGGGAAGCUGAAGAAGAAGAAGAAGAAAGCAGACAAGGGGUUGACCCUAGCCAACACAGCUGCACAAGAUGGUCAAGGUGAAGCAGAAACAUCCCAGGGGGCACCGUCUCACCAGGAAGGACUGGAAGGAGAUCUGAUUUCUAAUGAUACUUCCACCACUCUUGCCCCCUCAGUGGCUCUGAAGAGAAGAUCAAAACUGGUGACUAAGAUCCAUGAUGGGGAGGUCAAAUCCCAGAAUUAUCAAAUUGCCAUCACCAUCAUUGAGGCCCGCCAGCUGGUGGGUGAGAACAUUGACCCAGUUGUGAUCAUUGAGAUUGGGGAUGACAAGAAGCAAAGCACAGUGAAGGAAGGAACCAACAGCCCAUUUUACAAUGAAUACUUCGUCUUCGAUUUUAUUGGGCCCCAAGUGCAUCUUUUUGACAAGAUCAUCAAAAUCUCUGUUUUUCACCACAAGCUGAUAGGAAGCAUUCUGAUUGGCUCUUUCAAAGUAGACCUGGGGACGGUGUACAUCCAACCUGGUCAUCAGUUCUGUGACAAGUGGGCGCUGCUAACAGACCCUGGAGACAUCAGGACCGGCACCAAGGGGUACCUGAAGUGUGACAUCAGCGUGACUGGAAAAGGCGAUGUCUUGAAGACCAACCCCAAAACCUCUGAUGCUGAGGAACAAAUAGAAAAGAACCUUUUGAUUCCCCAAGGGUUUCCAUCCGAAAGACCCUGGGCCAGAUUCUAUGUGAGACUCUACAGAGCAGAAGGGUUGCCCAAAAUGAAUUCCAGCAUCAUGGCAAAUGUCACCAAAGCCUUUGUAGGUGACAGUAAGGACCUUGUUGAUCCCUUCGUGGAGGUCUCCUUUGCUGGGCAGAUGGGGCGAACCACAGUGCAGAAGAAUUGUGCUGAUCCUGUGUGGCGUGAACAGGUGAUCUUCAAGGAAAUGUUCCCUCCUUUGUGUCGAAGGGUGAAAAUUCAGGUAUGGGAUGAAGGUAGCAUGAACGAUGUGACGCUGGCCACCCAUUUCAUUGACUUGAAGAAGAUCUCCAACGAACAGGAAGGAGAUAAAGGUUUUCUACCUACCUUUGGACCUGCUUGGAUUAACCUGUAUGGUUCACCCAGGAACCACAGCCUGAUGGAUGACUACCAGGAACUGAAUGAAGGCUUUGGAGAAGGCGUGUCAUUCAGGGGAAGGAUCCUGGUAGAGAUUGCUGUGGAGAUCCUCUCAGGAGGGGCACAGGAGUCUAAGUUUUCCAAAGCCCUGAAGGGCCUCAAGUUGUCUUCCAAGGACAAAGACACCAAAUCUUCUAAAGGAUCCAGUAAAGACAAAGGUGACAAAACCGAUGAUGGAAAAUCUCAGCAAGCAUCAGAUAAAAGUAACUCAACUGAAGUUGAGGUGGAACCUUUCGAUGUACCCCCAGAGAUAGUGCCAGAAAAAUAUGAGGAAUUUUUACUCUUUGGAGCAUUUUUCGAAGCUACCAUGAUAGACCGGAAGAUUGGAGAUAAACCCAUUAGCUUUGAACUUUCUAUUGGUAAUUUUGGGAACCUUAUUGAUGGAGGGUCGUAUCAUGGGAGUAAGAAGAAGUCAGGGGAAUCAAUGGAAGAAGACGUCCUUCCACUGCUGCACGAAGAAGGAGGGGACACAGCCCAUGAUGUAACCAUCCCAAUGGUUUCUACCACUCACCCAGAGAAGCCAUUGGUGACAGAGGGGAACAGGAAUUACAACUAUUUGCCAUUUGAUGCCAGGAAGCCCUGUGUCUACUUCAUCAGUUCAUGGGGAGACCAGACCUUCAGGCUCCAUUGGUCCAACAUGCUGGAGAAAAUGGCGGACCUCCUGGAAGAAGGUAUAGAAGAAGUAAGAGAGCUGAUCAAGGUUUCAGAGGAGGCUCCAGAAGAGAAAAUGAAGACGGUGCUCAGUGACUUCAUCAAUCAAAGCAGUGCCUUUAUCUCUGAAGCAGAAAAAAAGCCCAAGAUGUUGAACCAAACUUUGUUAGAUAAGAAACGAUGUACGCUCUGUUGGCAGGAGCUGGAGGCAAUAACCAAGGAGGCUAAAGGGAUCCUUCAGCAACAACAGAAGAAACUCCCUCUCGAUGAAGUGAUCACCAAAGCCCAAAACUUUGUGGAAAAGAUCCGCUUUCUUGUUGACGAGCCACAGCAUACCAUCCCUGAUGUCUUCAUAUGGAUGCUGAGCAACAACAAGAGAGUGGCAUAUGCCCGCAUCCCCUCCAAAGACCUGCUCUAUUCCCCCGUCAAGGAGCAAAUGGGAAAACACUGCGGGAAGAUCAAAACUCAUUUCCUCAAACCUCCUGGAAAGCGGCCAGCUGGUUGGUCGAUACAAGCAAAAGUGGACGUGUAUCUGUGGCUGGGCUCCACUAGACACUCCAGUGCCAUUUUGGACAACUUGCCAACAGGUUAUGAAGCAGAAAUACCCUCCAAAGCAACUGCUGCCAAUCACCCUCCAGCCAACCUGCUCUACCAAGCCCGACAUCUCUUCCAACUGAGGGCUCACAUGUACCAGGCCCGGGGCCUCAUUGCGGCUGACAACAGUGGACUUUCUGACCCCUUUGCCAAAGUCACCUUCCAAUCCCACUGCCAGACCACAAAGGUCAUUUCCCAGACCCUGUCCCCUACCUGGAACCAGAUGCUGCUGUUCAGUGACCUGGUACUGCACGGAGACCAGAAGGAGCUGGUGGAGUCGCCGCCCUCCGUGGUGGUAGAACUCUACGACAGCGAUGCCGUGGGAAAGCCUGAAUAUUUGGGUUCCACAGUGGCCGCUCCUGUUGUGAAGCUGGCUGACCAGGACUAUGAGCCACCCAAGUUGAGUUAUCACCCCAUCUUUUGUGGGAACCUCUCUGGAGGGGACCUCCUCGCUGUAUUUGAACUUCUGCAGGUUCCUCCAUCUGGGCCACAAGGGCUCCCUCCUGUUGAUCCACCAGACGUAGCCCAGAUCUACCCGGUUCCUGCCAACAUCCGGCCUGUGCUGAGUAAAUACAGAGUGGAGGUUCUCUUCUGGGGAGUCCGAGAAAUGAAGAAGGUGCAGCUCCUCUCAGUGGACCGUCCUCAGGUUCUCAUUGAGUGUGGGGGGCGAGGAAUCAAGUCCUCUGUGAUCCAGAGCUACAAGAAUAACCCCAACUUCAGUGUCCAGGCAGAUGCCUUUGAAGUGGAGCUGCCUGAGAAUGAGCUCCUGCAUCCACCCCUGACCAUCUGCGUGGUGGACUGGAGAGCCUUCGGGAGGAGCACCCUGGUGGGAACCUACACCAUCAACUGCUUGAAGCAAUUUUUGAGCAAAUCCAGGGAGCCCCCUGCCCUCAUCUCUCAAGUGGACGGAGCCCAAGUUGGACAAGCUAUUUCAGAUUUGCUAAUAGCCGCUGGGCACCCCAAGUCUCCCAGCUCGUCCCAGGAGCGCCGGACAGAUCACAUCUAUGUGGAUGUUGAGCCUCCUUCCACAGUGGUGCCUGACUCCACCCAGGCCACUCUGAUUGAUGUCCCUGACUCAUCCCCCAUUCUGGAGCCCCAACGCAAGUCCUCAGCUCCAGAGCCACCCAAAGGUGGAAAAACUAAGGAUUCUGGAAAACCUUCCCGGAGGUCAACUAAAAGAAAAAAGAGGACCAUAGCAGAUGAAUCUGCUGAAAACGUCAUUGACUGGUGGUCUAAGUAUUAUGCCUCCCUGAAGAAAGCACAGAAGGCAAAGGAGAGCAAUUCCAAGCAGCAAACAGGUAACACAGAGGCACAAACAGACCACGUGGUGGUAGAUAUAGAAGACGGCCCAAAGAAGAAGAAAGACAAAAUGCUCAAGAAGAAAGUCAAAGAAGAUGACAUCCCCAACCUCGCUGUGUUACAGAUAUAUGAUGAUGAUCUUGAGAGCAAAUUCAACAAUUUUGAAGACUGGGUGAAAACCUUUGAGCUAUUCAGAGGCAAGUCUACAGAAGAAGACCACAGCCUUGAUGGGGAUCGAGUCAUAGGGAAGUUUAAGGGCUCCUUCUGCAUCUACAAAAGCCCUGAGGAUUCCAACACUGAGGACACUGGGCAGCUAAGAAUCCAGCAAGGGAUCCCACCCAACUACUCAGUCAAAGUUCUGAUCCGUGUGUACAUUGUGGCGGCAUUUAAUCUUAGCCCUGCUGAUCCAGAUGGGAAAUCCGAUCCCUACAUUGUGGUCAAACUUGGCAAAACGGAAAUCAAAGACCGGGAAAAAUAUAUCCCCAAACAACUGAACCCAGUAUUUGGAAGGUCAUUUGAGAUCCAGGCCACGUUCCCCAAGGAGUCUCUGCUCUCUGUCCUCAUCUAUGACCAUGACAUGAUCGGAACUGAUGACCUCAUUGGUGAGACCAAGAUUGACCUAGAAAACCGCUUCUACAGCAAGCACCGGGCCAUCUGUGGCUUGCAGAGCCAGUAUGAGAUAGAAGGAUACAAUGCUUGGAGAGACACGUCCAAACCCACUGAAAUCCUCACCAAACUCUGCAGAGACCACAAGCUGGAUGGACCCUACUUUCGCCCAGGGAAAAUACAGAUAGGAAGCCAGGUCUUUUCUGGAAAAACAUCCUUCACUGAAGAGGACUCUGAUGACAUUGUGGAGUCCUAUGAGCACUUGGCCCUGAAGGUCCUACAUUCAUGGGAGGACAUCCCAGAGGUUGGGUGUCGACUGGUUCCUGAACACAUAGAAACUCGGCCACUGUACCACAAGGAUAAGCCAGGAAUGGAGCAGGGUCGCCUGCAGAUGUGGGUGGACAUGUUCCCCAAGGAUAUGCCCCAGCCUGGACCUCCUGUUGACAUUUCACCAAGGCAGCCCAAAGGGUAUGAAUUGAGAGUGACCAUCUGGAACACUGAAGACGUUAUUUUAGAGGAUGAGAAUAUCUUCACAGGACAAAAAUCAAGUGAUAUUUAUGUUAAAGGGUGGAUAAAGGGAUUAGAAGAUGACAAGCAGGAGACAGAUGUCCAUUAUAACUCUCUGACGGGAGAAGGGAAUUUCAACUGGCGCUUCCUGUUUCCAUUUAAGUAUCUCCCAGCUGAGAAACAAAUGGUCAUCACCAAGAGGGAGAACAUCUUUUCCUUGGAGAAGAUGGAGUGUAAGACUCCAGCUGUUCUGGUGCUCCAGGUUUGGGAUUUUGAGAGACUGUCCUCGGAUGACUUCCUGGGGUCCCUGGAAAUGAACCUCAACAGCUUCCCUCGAGCAGCCAAGUCGGCCAAGGCCUGCGAGCUCAACAAGUUUGAAAACACAAGUGAAGAAAACAAGAUUUCCAUAUUCCAGCAAAAGCGUGUGCGGGGCUGGUGGCCUUUUGUUAAAAGCAAAGAGCUGACAGGCAAGGUUGAAGCUGAGUUUCACCUAGUUACAGAAGAAGAAGCCAAGAAAAAUCCAGUGGGGAAAGCCAGAAAGGAACCAGAACCCCUGGCCAAGCCCAACCGCCCAGACACUUCUUUCUCCUGGUUUGUGAGCCCCUUCAAGUGCUUGUACUACCUCAUCUGGAAGAAUUACAAGAAGUACAUCAUCAUCGCCUUCAUUUUAAUCAUCCUCAUCAUCUUCCUGGUUCUCUUCAUCUAUACUUUGCCAGGAGCUAUCAGUCGAAAGAUUGUGGUGGGAUCAUGA